AGACUGAGGGAGGCGGUAGUUAGGCCGCGAGUUUGAGUAGAUUUCCGGAGGGAAGAUGUGGAAUAAUAUAAGGUCAGAGCUGCACACAUUUAACUACAGAGCUUCAUCUCUCUGUAAAGUGCACACAACAUAUGAGACCAUAGCCAUUUAAAACAAAAUCUGUUCUUCAACUUUUAUGAAACAAGUCAACCAACUAAACUUCAGACAUUAAUGCAUACAACUGUUAAGACAGAUAUCCGGCAGAGACCCACCAUAACAGAUCGUGCUAGACCAAUACAGAAACCACCAAUUUACAUUAUACCUACUCAGAUGCAGCAACCUUCAGGUUCUAAUCCUUCUAUAUCAGUGGAAAGACACAUUGGUUCUGAACCUUCUGUUGCAGUACAAAGACCCUGCAACUCUGAUUCUUCUGUAGUUAUACAGAGAUAUUCCAGACCUAAUCCAACUGCUCUGUUACUUCCAAGAGCUGAUUUAAUUACCCCCAUGCAGAGACCUCCCAGAGCUGAUCCCCCAGCGCCAGUGCAGAGACCUCCCAGAGCUGAUCCCCCAGCCCCAGUGCAGAGACCUCCCAGAGCUGAUCCCCCAGCCCCAGUGCAGAGACCUCCCAGGGCUGAACCCCCAGCCCCAGUGCAGAGACCUCCCAGAGCUGAUCCCCCAGCCCCAGUGCAGAGACCUUCCAGAGCUGAUCCCCCAGCCCCAGUGCAGAGACCUCCCAGAGCUGAUCCCCCAGCCCCAGUGCAGAGACCUCCCAGAGCUGUUCCCCCAGCCCCAGUGCAGAGACCUCCCAGAGCUGAUCCCCCAUCCCCAGUGCAGAGACCUCCCAGAGCUGAUCCCCCAGCCCCAGUGCAGAGACCUCCCAGAGCUGAUCCCCCAGCCCCAGUGCAGAGACCUCCCAGAGCUGAUCCCCCAGCCCCAGUGCAGAGACCUCCCAGAAUUGAUCCUCCAGCCCAAAUGCAGAGCCCUACCAGAGCUGAUAAUCCAACCUCUAUUCAAAGACUUCCCAGAACUGAGCCUCCUGUCAUGAGGCAGAGCCCUCCCAGAACUGAGCCUCCUGUCAUGAGGCAGAGCCCUCCCACAACCGAGCCUCCAUCAGAGAUUCAGAAGCCUCCCAGAACUGAGCCUCCAGCCGCUUUGCAUCCCAGAACUGAUUCUCCAACCACUAUUCAAAGACCCCUCAGAACUGAGCCUCAAGCCACAUUGCAGAGACCUCCCAGAACUGGGCCUCCAGCGUCGAUGCAGAGACCUCCCAGAACUGAUCCUCCAGGCUCGAUGCAGAGACCUCCCAGAACUGAUCCUCCAGGCUCGAUGCAGAGACCUCCCAGAACUGAUCCUCCAGGCUCAGUGCAGAGACCUCCCAGAACUGAUCCUCCAGGCUCGGUGCAGAGACCUCCCAGAACUGAUCCUCCAGGCUCGGUGCAGAGACCUCCCAGAACUGAUCCUCCAGGCUUGAUGCAGAGACCUCUCAGAACAGAUCCUCCAGGCUUGAUGCAGAGACCUCUCAGAACAGAUCAUCCAGACUUGAUGCAGAGACCUCCCAGAACUGAUCCUCCAGGCUCGAUGCAGAGACCUCCCAGAACUGAUGCUCCAGGCUCGAUGCAGAGACCUCCCAGAACUGAUCCUCCAGGCUCGAUGCAGAGACCUCCCAGAACUGAUCCUCCAGGCUCGAUGCAGAGACCUCCCAGAACUGAUCCUCCAGGCUCGAUGCAGAGACCUCCCAGAACUGAUCCUCCAGGCUCGAUGCAGAGACCUCCCAGAACUGAUCCUCCAGUCUCGAUGCAGAGACCUCCCAGAACUGAUCCUCCAGUCUCGAUGCAGAGACCUCCCAGAACUGAUCCUCCAGCCUCGAUGCAGAGUCCUCCCAGAACUGAUCCUCCAGCCUCGAUGCAGAGACCUCCCAGAACUGAUCCUCCAGCCUCGAUGCAGAGACCUCCCAGAACUGAUCCUCCAGCCUCGAUGCAGAGACCUCCCAGAACAGAUCCUCCAGACUCGAUGCAGAGAGCUACCAGAACAGAUCUUCCAGACUCAAUGCAGAGACCUCCCAGAAUAGAUCCUCCAGACUCGAUGCAGAGAGCUACCAGAACAGAUCCUCCAGACUCAAUGCAGAGACCUCCCAGAAUAGAUCCUCCAGACUCGAUGCAGAGACCUCCCAGAACAGAUCCUCCAAAAUCGUUGCAGAGACCUCCCAGAAUAGAUCCUCCAGACUCGAUGCAGAGGUCUCCCAGAACAGAUCCUCCAGACUCGAUGCAGAGGUCUCCCAGAACAGAUCCUCCAGACUCGAUGCAGAGACCUCCCAGAACAGAUCCUCCAGACUCGAUGCAGAGACCUCCCAGAACAGAUCCUCCAGACUCGAUGCAGAGACCUCCCAGAACAGAUCCUCCAGGCUCGAUGCAGAGACCUCCCAGAACAGAUCCUCCUGGCUCGAUGCAGAGACCUCCCAGAACAGAUCCUCCAGGCUCGAUGCAGAGAUCUCUCAGAACAGAUCCUCCAGGCUUGAUGCAGAGACCUCCCAGAACAGAUCCUCCAGGCUCGAUGCAGAGACCUCCCAGAACAGAUCCUCCAGACUCGAUGCAGAGACCUCCCAGAACAGAUCCUCCAGACUCGAUGCAGAGACCUCCCAGAACAGAUCCUCCAGACUCGAUGCAGAGACCUCCCAGAACAGAUCCUCCAGACUCGAUGCAGAGACCUCCCAGAACAGAUCCUCCAGGCUCGAUGCAGAGACCUCUGAGAAGAGAUCCUCCAGACUCGAUGCAGAGACCUCCCAGAACAGAUCCUCCAGACUCGAUGCAGAGACCUCCCAGAACAGAUCCUCCAGCCCCAAUGCAGAGACCUCCCAGAAGUGAUCCUCCUGCCCUGAUGCAAAGGCCUCCCAGAACUGAUGCCCCAUCCUUGAUGCAGAGACCUCCCAGAACCGAUCCCCCAGCCUUGAUGCAGAGACCUCCCAGAACCGAUCCCCCAGCUUUGAUGCAGAGACCUCCCAGAACCGAUCCCCCAGCUUUGAUGCAGAGACCUCCCAGAACCGAUCCCCCAGCCUUGAUGCAGAGACCUCCCAGAACCGAUCCCUCAGCCUUGAUGCAGAGACCCCCUAGAACUGAUCCUCCAGGCUUAAUCCAAAGACCUCCCAGAAGUGAUCCUCCUGCCCCAAUUCAAAGACCUCCAAGAACUGACCCCCCUGACCAGAUGCAGAGGCCUCCUAGAGCUGACCCUCCUGCCCCAAAACAAAAGUCUGCAGGAAUUGAUUCUCCUGCUUUUAUGCAGAAGCCUCCAAGAGUUGAUCCCAUAACCGUCAAAAAUGAUUCUUCUGAACUAGUCCAGAGAACCCUUCAAUCCAGUCUUUCAAGACCAGUGCAGGACCCCUCCCAUACAGGUUGUCCAGCUGUGGUACAAAUGCCCAUAAUUACCAAGCCUCAGCUUGGGGUAAAAACUUCCUCCCCCAUGCAGAGAGACUUACGAAAUCAGCCACAUUCAGGCAUGCAGGGACUUGUCAGGACUGAGUCUGUUUUAUCUCCCAUGGAGAAACCUAUAAAGACUGGACCUUCAUCUCUCAUGCAGAAUCCCUCUUGUUCUGGAUCAACCAUCAUAAUGCAGAAAAAUACCAGUUCUGAUACCAGAAACAGAGACGAUGCACAUACAGCUUACAUGUCUCUGGACUCCCCUCAAUCUAGUGUGCAAGACGAAGUGGAACACACUGAUGACCUAUCAUCAGGUGGCUUAGUGGGAUAUGUGAAUGAAUCUCAGAAAGACCAGAAAAGAGGCAACAGUUAUCAACAGCCAGGACCCAAUGGAGAAAAUCAGUCACCUGAUGUAGGUCUGCUGGUGCGAAACACUUUAGGAGCCGGGAGAUUCUUGUCACUAGGGCCCUCCAGUCCAGAUGCAAAAGUUUAUGAUGUUGCAGAAGAAGAUGAAGGAUUGUAUAUCACUUUAGAAGUGGAUGAUCUGGAAGAUGAAGAGAAAAAGAAGAGGAAGAGAUAUAUGUCAGCAAAGAGGAAACGGGAUGCAGAACUUCAAGCGACUUUACCCUGUGACAUAGAUCCAACCCUAGAUCAAAAACUGGAGGAUGGAGCAAAGCAUCACAAUCUAACUGUUGUGAAUGUCCGCAACAUCUUACACGAGGUGAUCACUAAUGAACACGUUGUGGCAAUGAUGAAAGCAGCAAUUACUGAGACUGAGGAAAUGCCAAUGUUUGAGCCAAAAAUGACUCGUUCGAAGCUGAAGGAAGUUGUGGGAAAAGGAGUGGUCAUCCCAACAUGGAAUCUCUCGCCCAUAAAGAAGGCUAGUGAGAUCAAGCCACCUCAGUUUGUUGACAUUCCUCUGGAAGAGGAAGAUUCAUCUGAUGAAGAGUACCAACCUGAAGAGGAAGAAGAAGAUGAGACUGCUGAGGAGAGUUUGUUGGAGAGUGAUGUGGAGAGCACAUCAUCCUCUCCACGUGGUCCGAAACGCCCCAGAGUGCAUCACCCAUCUGAAUCUAUGGAGACAGAGGAAGAGGGUAUAAAAUCCCAGCAGAUUACCAGAGUGGCACCUUUUAGACACAUUAGUGCAGAAGUUGUUCCUAUGGGGCCCCCUCCUCCCCCUCCUAAACCAAAGAACAUAAAGGACAGUACCUUUAUGGAGAAACUGCACGCAGUGGAUGAGGAACUGGCUAGUACUGCAGUGUGCUUGGAUUCUCUGCAGUCCCUUGAUGAUAAACUCAUAGCAUGUCGUACACGCUCCAAGAGACCUCUAAAGGAUGUCCCACUUGGGCAGCUGGAAGCUGAGCUUCAGGCCCCUGAUAUUACUCCAGAUAUGUAUGAUGCCAACACAGCUGAUGAUGAGGAAUGGCAGAUGUGGCUGCGCUCCCUUAUGCAGGAUGAUGUGGGGAAUGAGGAUGACGCAGAUGAUGAUGAUGAUGAUCCAGAAUAUAACAUCUUGGAGGAUUUUGAGGAGCCUGAUACAGAGGAUCUUCGUAAUGACCGAGCUGUGCGGAUUACAAAGAAAGAAGUCAAUGAGCUAAUGGAGGAACUGUUUGAAACAUUUGAAACAUUUCAGGAUGAGAUUGAUUUCUCCCAUGUGGAAGAUGAGGAACCAGAUGAGGAAGAUAGUAAGGACAGUAACCCGGAGACUGUGUCUAACUUUAACACUCCACAAGCAAUAAGGUUUGAGGAACCACUUGCUAACAUCAUGAAUGAACAGCAUUCCACUGUGAAAGCAAAGCUUGACUUCCUUAGGAUGAAGAAGUCAGUAAUGAAACCUACUACACCAUUUAUAGAGGAACCCAAGCCACUGCCUCCUGCCAAGGUGGCAACAGUUCUGUCUUUGAACAUGGAGCAGAAACGGCGUUUGCAACAGCAAAUGCAGCAGCAUGUCCAGCUGCUGACCCAGAUGCAUCUUUUAACCUGCAGAAAUCCAAAGCUGAGUGUGGAGGCUGAUACAGCUCGCAUGUUUUUGGUUGAACUGUCCAAUUUUGCAAAUAUCUCAAGUUCGAAUAAUUCCUCGCAUAGCCCUAACUUCCAGACUAUGUUCCAGCCCUGUAACCUGAAAGAAGCACUGCAGCUGAUCCCCAUCUUUCACAGCCAGGUCCCUGAAGAAUGUGAACCAUCCAAACCUGCAAAAAGGAAUGUCUAUGAAUUGAGCUACCUUCCAAGACAUUUGGCCUGGAUCAUGAUCACCCACACUGUCUUCAUAUACCCAGAGCUGUUACCUGUUUGUGCCCUGAAGCCAAGAGGUCCACGUGACAGGGUGUUCUUCACCAAGCCAGAGGACAA